CUACACUUUUCUCCUCUAUUAACCUGCAUGCUCCAAAUCUCUUGUCCUCUGUUACGUAUCUGCCUCUAUAUAUACAAUUUCAAUACUUGACCUCACAAGAACAAUGCAUGUGGCUACUUAUCUCGCAGCUACUCUGCUGGUAGCCAGCUGCACAGUGCUGGCUGAUGUUCUAAAUUAUGAGCAUACGCCACUGCCCAACUGUCGUCGAGAGGUUAUGCAGGAGAACCUACCUACACUAGCCAACAAAAUACAGUUACACACCUUGUCGCCUGAGGAUACCAAAGAGAUGCUGGCAAGCGGAAAGCUUGGCGAUACCUCAAAACGGCGGGCGCAUAUCAGGGCGCGCAAGAUGGGAGAUCCUCCAAUGUUUACUCGAACACUUCGCCCAAUAUACAACAAGCCGCCCUAACUUGAUAUGUUUGAUUCAUAUGGCAACUAAAUACAAAUAUGGAUUAAUUAA